GUCAUAGUACCUAAGUUGAAUGCGAUCAUUUUAAAUUUGUUCUUUGAAAAAAAAAGUUGUAAUUAUCUAAGUUGAUAUAUCUUUGUAAUUAUCAAAAAAAAAAAAAAAAACUAUGAUUUCAUAUUAUAAAGUUUUAAUAAUAUUAACUUUUACAAUAUAUGUAAGCCGCUGUGAUUAUACUGCAGAGGAAAUUAAAAAUGAAUGCGAUAGAUGCGUUGACAAUUUAAAAGUAGUCGGGUUUAUUUAUUCCGUGCCACUAAUAAAUUACGCUCUUGCAAUGAUGGAUGCUAACUAUGGAUUCACCUCGUUUAAUAAAAGUAUGAAAUACAUGUUAAACGAAGAUAUAUUAAAUGAGCAAAAAGAUAAGUAUGGCGAUUCAGUAAUGGAAGAGCAUAAAAUUUAUGAAUAUAUACACGCGUACUACAAUGAAUGUAAAAGUUUUGAACCUAGGCCUCCCCUGUUAAAUGAAAUGGAAUAUUGUAUAGAACAAAAUCUACCAGAAAUUAAAAAAAUUCCUGAAUUAAUAAUGGUUUUAAAACAUACUUAAAAUAAUCACCUGCCAAUAUACUGAUUGAUAAAGGAAAUACUAUGGUUAUUAAUUUUAGUUAAUUGUUAAUUAUGGCUGUAAAAUUAAAUAGAUAGGUACUGUAUAAUAUGUAUUUUUCUAUAUUAAUUGUUUUUACAUAAUAUGAGGUUUUUCGCACUAACGUCUCAGACCACCAGUUCUUCGGCGACCGUUUCUACUUUUAUUGUUAUUUCGCAACCGUCGUCCGGUACUUUUGUCGGCGUGACGUUGUGCGUACCUUUUAAUACCACGUGAUUUAUGUGCAUUACGCACUAAUAUUUUCUGUGUGCGUGUUUAAAGUGCCUUAUACGAUUACGUAAAAUGAUGUGCGUCUGGUGUUUAAAAUGUACAUCAAAUUAACGACAUGGUGAGUUCAACGACCUAAAUCAUGAUAUUUUAUCCGUCGUCGUUGCCGUAUUCGACCGUUAAUUGUGACUACCGUCAUCGUUAUUAUAUAUAUUUAAAUGUAUUAUUAUUUAUUAUUAUUUGUUUAUAUCAUAUUUCCAUAUUGUAUUUCUUUAGUGUAUUUUAUAUGUAUAUUAUUAUGUUAUUAUUAUUAUUCCAAUAUUGUCCAAAGAAACGUCUAUUGUAGAUUCAUUAUCUGUUAUACCGUGAUAUACUGAUAAAGUAAUCAUUAAUUAACUGUAUUACUAAAAAAAAUGUAAUACAUAUCCCCAUACAUCGAGCGUGUCGUCUAACAAACUGCUCCAGCAAAUACUGACGGCGUAAACAAAUUGAAUGUAAAUUUUAAUAUUAUUCAUACCUACUUGCUAUAAUUUUUAUAGUAUCUCUUA